UUUGCGCCCAGAAAAGUUGUUUCGAUUUCUUAAGUAAUCAAUUUAUUAUCAUCUUUUUUUUCCAGUUAAAAAUACUUGCUUUGUAUAUUUUAUCAGAAAAUGAAUAUCCAAAUAUUAAUGUUGGUAAUAUUUGGAAGCUUAUAUGUUCAAGGUAAUUACAUUCGAUUAAGAUGCCUAGUUAAUGAAAAUGUAUUUAAUUUAAAUUAUAUAUUCCAGCUUCUCCCAACUUGUUCCAACCCAACAGUCACCCCAUCAAGAAAUACAUGGGCACUUGAUUAUACUGGGCAGUUGUACUUGGUAUAUUUCUGUCCAUCUGUACAAACAAAUGAUCUUACAUGGUCUUUCCAAGAUUUAUUGGGUGCAGAUAUUGCCGUAUUUACAUUCCCAUCAAGCCUUGGCUCAAACCCAUGUCAACCAGCAAUUCAUGUACCAGGUUACAGUGCAACUUGCCAAUAUAACAACACAGGAAUUCCUGCUGGUGUUGUAGGUUGUUACACAACAACAUUCAGUGUUACCAACAAAUUAACUUCUUCUUUCAAUCAAUCAACGUUGCAGCUAGUUCAUGGUGUUUCAAGUUGCUUUGCUCAGAAUAUUUUACUUCAAGCUUGUUCAUCUCCAACAUCCAACAAUGUUCCAGUCAACCCAUCAAGUGGUGUCUACAACACUCAAGCUAACUUCAGCUGUCCCCAGGACUCAACUUUAUUUAACAUGGAUGGAACAACUGGAAACACUGCAACCAAAUGCCUUGCUACAGCAGAGUGGGAGAAUGAAAAGAUAGUUCAAUGUUGGUCAGCCAAUCCAACCCUCAAUCUACCAUCACCUGGUAAUACUGCAACAAGAGCACUUGGUAUAACCAACCUUACAAUAUCUACAACAAUAUCAACAACACUGUAUAAUACAUGUGCAUGGAGUUAUAGAAACAACAAAAGUUUGAUAUUUUACGCCAAAAACUUUGGUCGAUGCUUGACACCCAGCAAUGCUGAAGUGGCAGUUACUUGUACAGACAAUGGUGGGACUGUGACAUCACAACUACGAUUCAUUCAAGCUAUCAAUGCUAGUUUCAACGUAACUGUUGACUGCGACAUAACAACAGUUUCAUUUCUUACUGUGAUUAUACAAGCUUGUUCAUCUCCAACACCCAGCAAUGUUCCAGUCAACCCAUCAAGUGGUGUCUACAACACGCAAGCUAACUUCCAGUGUUCCCAUGGCUCAACUUUAUUUUAUGUAAAUGGAACAACUGGAAACAAUGCAACCAAAUGUCUUGCUACAGCAGAGUGGGAGAAUGAAAAGAUAGUUCAAUGUUGGUCAGCACCAACUGCUACAUUGAUUGGCAACAAUACCAUUUGUGCUGGAAACAUUGCUACAUUCCAAUGUAAUGCAACUGGGGGUGUCCCUUCUUUGGAUAGAGUUGAAAUUUAUUUCAAUAAUCCAAACCAAACGUUGGUUGGAAACACAUGGACAAGCAAUCCACUGAGUAGUUCAAACAAUGGAGAUAUAGUGGAAUGUAGAGCUAUAAAUAGCUACACUGCCAUGCAGGAAUAUGCAAACUUGGGAAGAGACAGCAAGACAUUGAUUAUACACUAUGCAGCCGAAGGAUUUGCAGUGAAUGAUGGUACAACCAGCCACAGUAACAUAUGUACAUGGUAUAUUGCCCCACCUGGUCCAAGAUCAUGUACCAUCACAUUCUCACUUAACCCAACUACUUAUACAACCACUUUAAUAAAGGAUGGAGCCAUGGUAACGAAUGAUGCAAUUAAUCAGCCGCAAACAUCAACAUCACAAACUUUUGUUUUUACUCGAAACCAGCCGUCAUUCAAUGAUAGUGGGAAUUAUACAUUGAGAAUCAACAACGGAAUGUUUGAAAAUACUUUCACUUUUAAUAUAUUAGUGAUAAAUGAAGUGCAACCUACACCAACACCACCCAUCCCACAACCAGAUAACUUGGGUGUUAUAAUCGGAGCUGCAGUUGGUGGGGUGGUGGCUUUUAUAUUGAUCAUCAUUCUUGUGGUUUAUUGCUUAAGACAGCAAAACAAUAAACAACACAAAGAUAAAGAAGUUACAGGAAGAAGCAACAUUGGAAUGGAAGCAGAGCAUGGUUACUAUGAAAUAGCUGAUCGAUCACCAUAUCAAAACGAACAAGUAACUAAUAACAUUCCUGCAACACAAUCAACAAAUUAUGAAAACCUGAAGGACAAUGUCAAUGUAACAAGAGAUGAGCAAGGUUAUGCUGAUAUACAAAGUGUGGGGCCAAGAGUUGUAACAACACCAAACGAAGGAUACGAAACCUUUAUUGGAAGGAAAUACGAAAAUAUGUCGCGCAAUCAACAAAAUGAAAGCGGAUAUGAACAUAUGGCUUGACAAUUUUAAACCAUAAGAGCUAGGUCAUUCUUUUUUAAAGAGAUCUUAGCCAUUUCACAUUUCAUAGUGUUUGUGUGCACAUUAAAUCUUUUAUCUCAACAGUUAGGUUUAUAGUUCUGUUGGUUGUCAGUUUCAACAAUAAAAAACAGGAUGUAAGAAAUCAUAUAUAUAUAUAUACAUAAAUUUAUUUUUAUAUCAAUUUUACGUAUAUGUUCAAUAUUAAAGUCUUGAGUUUUUUCUAAUAUUUAAAACCUGUUGUAUUCUUAUUAUGAUGUUGUAUUUAUUUAUUGGAUAUUUGUAGACCCAAAGUAUAAAUAUUUUCAAGUGCAUUUUACAUGUCUUUGCUUCGAUAAUAUAUGUGGCUUUCACAAC